UUUGUCAUACUUGUACUCUUUUCUUAAUUAACCUUUUAGGCCUUUUAUUGUUUUAUCUCUUGCUCAUUUCUGUUGCUCUAUUUUAUCAUUAAUAUCAUUAUUGAUUAUUAAUUUAUUAUCAUUAUUGAUAUUGCCUUUUAUAUUUACAUCCUGUUUCCGCUUUCGACACCCUUUUUAAUCGCAUUUUCCUUUUUUCUUGACUAUUUUAUGUUUUUAUUUUGGUCCUCAUGGUCUCAUUUUAUGUUGCAUGGUUCUUGUAUUCUUUGGGUUCCUUUAAUUCUGUUUUAACUGAACUUUUUGUUUUUAUCCUUCUUUUUCCAUGUGCUCUAUGACUAUAUGUCAAAGCACUUUGUCAACUUCUGUUGAAGUGCUAUUCUACUACGGAGUAUUAUUAUUAUUAUUAUUAUUAUUAUUGUUGUUGUUGUUGUUGUUGUUGUUGUUAUUAUUAUUAUUGAUAAUAUUAUUAUUUCAAGGCACAGAAUACAGUAUUUCAAGAAUACAGAACAAAAAUAAAAUAUUUUAUUUUUACAUUAUUACCUUUUGCUCAAAACGAGGAGGAUUAAUAUGUCCACUACAUCCGAGUAUUUUACACUAUUUUGAUGUUUACGCCCUCUACCGUUGAGGAAAAAUAGAUGACUCAGUAUGACGUCAUUACGUAAAGCGCUCCGUACAGUGUGUACGGAAGUGUUGCCAGUAGCAGUACAACCAUCUGCAGUAAAGCUGUGUUUCCACUGUAGAUUGAACUGAGAUUCUUUUUAUUUGUUUUUCGGGCACCUUUUCCACAGCAUGACGUGAUUUUGCUUCGUAGUAAAAGGCGAAUAGUUUAGGAGAUUCACUCAAAGAUCUCCAACGAGUUUAAAGGAAGUAGAAAAUGAGUUCUCAUGAUGUGCUGAAGAGUGCGUCCACUUUAGCUUCAUACAACGUGCUUUUACAGGUAUUGUAGCUCACACAAAUCAGCCAUACAAAAAAAAAGCAAGCUCAGACACAUACAGAUUCUGUUUUGAUUGUUUUAUGAUAACUUUAUGUCAUGGUUGUUGUUGUUUCAGGUGAUGUUUCGUGUCCUCACCUUCUUGCUGAAUGCAUUCACUCUGCGGUUUGUGUCCAAGGAGCUGAUAGGAGUUGUCAAUGUCAGGUAAAGAUGUUUGAGUGUGUAAGUCAGGGGGAUAUUGCUGAAAAUGAGUUUAAAAUGACAACAGCUCAGUUCACUUCCUAUGAUGUGUCUGUCUUUGUCAUGCAGGCUGACUCUGCUGUAUUCCACAUUAGUGUUUCUGUCCAGAGAAGCUUUCCGGAGAGCCUGUCUGAGUGGAGUAUCCGGAACAAAUCACAGCUGGAGACAAAUUAUCAACCUGCUGUGGCUGACGUGAGCUGACACAAUGAAUGUGGGAUAUGUGUUUAUUCAUGUAGGGGAGAGUGGGGUAGGUUGAGCCAAAGGGAAAGAUGAGCAACCCCCUGUUGCUUGGAAAUGGUAAAAGAAAUUGAUCAUGUGACCAAAUAUUUAGGAGAUGGGCAUCAAUUCAUGGAGUCUGUGAAGGUUAGAAGCACAUGAGUGAAGGGGUUAGACAUUUAUUUCUAAAAAAAACAACAUUUUUCACUCUUGAAAGUGAAUUUAGUCUGUCCUAAGUUUUAUUAGAAUUGUGUUCAGACCAAAAAAAGAUAAUUUUACAUUUGUUUUAUACAUCAAUUGUGGUAUCUAUGAGCUACAAUAUGAGGUCAAAAACUCAACUUAACUCAACUAAACUUUAUUUGUAAAGCACUUUAAAACAACCACAGCUGAACAAAGUGCUGUACAUAAAUAGACAAAACAACACAGACAUAAAAACAAGAAGAAAAAAAACAAUUAAAACACUGGAUGAAAUAAAAGCAGAUUUUAAAAAGUAAAAUAUAGUUUCAGUGUUUCAGUGAUCAGCUGACCUGAGGCACCGAGCAGGGGUGUAGGGCUGGAGAAGCUCAGAGAGGUAAGAUGGAGCCAGACCAUUAAAAGAUUUAAAAACAAAUAAAAGAAUCUUAAAAUGAACUCUAAAAUGCACAGGUAACCAGCGGAGGAAGGCCAGGAUGGGAGUAAUGUGCUCCCUCUUACAUACUCCAGUUAAAAACCUUGCAUAAAAGUCCACCAUUUUAGCUUAGAGGACUAAUAAAGUCAUAAUAGUAGUUCUGGGGUAAGUUGAGCCAGUGACUUAACUGAGAAAGUAAAGGAGUCUGAUGAGAGGAUCAGAGUUUCAGUUCAGCUUGUUGAAAUGUUUGACUUUUUCUUUUCAAAAAUACAGCUGUGAAUGUUCUGAAUCACUUAAAGACAUUCUCAUGUUAAAAUGACUUUUUACAAAACAGCUUUUUAACAGUUAUAUGCAAUAAUAAUGAAAAGAAUUAUUGCACCAGUUGAAUAGUUUAUAAUAGAUAAAAAUACACAUGAAUGUGAAGAAGUGACUGUUAUUUAGGAGGAGAGAAGGUGAGGGAGGACUGGGGUGGAGAGUGGGGUAGUAGUAGGGAUACGGCUCAACUACUCGCUCCUAUGGUCAACUUACCCCAUACACGGGGUAAGUUUACCAUAGGAGACCACUUUUUUUGGCAUGCUAUAUUAUCAAGACAGUUAUGUUUACACUCAUUCUGUUGGUUUGCAGGGAUACACAACAUCUUUAAUAUAUGCAGAUACACUAGUUAGAGACAAAACUAUGAUUGCCUUGAUGUAGUGAUCUGAAAUAUGAAAAAUGGCUCAUCUUACCCCACUCUCCCCUACUUCUAGCUUAAAGUUGUGGCUCAUUUUUGGACCUUCUUGCCCCUUAGGUUGCCACUGGGUGUGUUAUGGGCAGUACUGCUGGCCUGUGUAUGGCUUUGGCUCCUGGAGGUCCCAGACCCUGAAACUAUACCAUACUAUGGCCCUGCAGUGGUGUUGUUUGCCCUGUCAGGAGUGCAGGAGCUCCUGGCUGAGCCCCUCUGGGUUCUGGCUCAGGCUCACAUGUUCGUCCGACUGAAAGUGGUCGCAGAGAGCUUAGCAAUGAUCACGAAGUGCAGUAUAACUGUUGUGCUGGUGCUGUUUGCCCGUCAAUGGGGCCUUUACAUCUUUUCUGCUGCUCAUGUAAGAACUUUAAUCUCCAGCAUUAUUUCUGCCUCUGCUUCAUAUUUAUGAAAUUACUCUAAGCUUUUUUUUUAUUCCCAGUUGGUGUUCACAGGAAUCCUAGUGCUGUGUUACGCUCUUUACUUCAUUCGAUUCUUGGGCUCCAAAGAAGCAGCCAAGAAGAAUUUUCCUCUGGACCACGUUGGAGAUCUGUUGCCCCAUAGAGCUGAUGGAGAGGUAGUACGUCAGAAUAACAUAUUUCAUUUUUAACAAUGAUCAGUGUUAGAUUCAGACAAGAUAUACCCAUAGUUGAACCUCUUAUGUUUCUCUGUUCGUAGCCCCUGGUUGAUUGGGCUCUGGCCCGGCUCACAUGGAGCUUCUUCAAGCAGUCCUUCCUGAAGCAGAUCCUCACAGAGGGGGAGCGUUACGUCAUGACCUUCCUGAAUGUCCUAAGCUUUGGGGAUCAGGGAGUUUAUGAUAUUGUCAAUAACCUGGGCUCUAUGGUGGCUCGAUUCAUCUUCCUGCCUAUUGAAGAAAGCUUCUAUAUCUUCUUUGCCAAAGUGUUGGAGCGAGGACGUGACGCCAGGAGUCAGAAACAGGUGCGGGUAUACACAGAGUAGUCUUCAUAGAGAACUAGAAAAGAACUGUUGCUGGCUUUGUGUCACGUUGGGGGUUUUAUUUUUUUUAUAGGAAGAAGUUGCAAUAGUAGCAGAGGUCCUGGAGUGUCUGCUCAAGCUGGUGUUGAUAGUCGGUCUGAUUAUCACAGUAUUUGGCUAUGCCUACUCUCACUUGGCGCUGGAUAUUUAUGGCGGCUCUCUGUUAAGCAGCGGAGCAGGUAAGUGAGCUACAACAUCCUUGUUGUAUUUGGUAUUUGUGUUAAAAUAUUUUGUGUCAGUGUUCUUGUUUAUUCACAGCUAUUUCCUUUUGAUUUUUUGUGAAAGGCCCCACUUUGCUGCAAUGCUACAGCUGCUACGUUCUCUUGCUGGCUGUAAACGGAGUCACUGAAUGCUUUGUCUUUGCUGCCAUGAGCCAAGAAGAAGUCGACAAGUAUGAUUUUAGAGUUUACACAGACAAAGGAGUUCAGUCGUAACGCACUGUGUAAGCCGUGGCAAUGCUGACACUGUGUUUGUUUCUUUCACAGGUAUAACUUUGUGAUGCUGGCUCUUUCUGUGUCCUUUCUCUUUCUAUCCUAUAUGCUGACAUGGUGGGCUGGUGCUGUGGGCUUCAUACUAGCAAACUGCCUGAACAUGGGCCUUCGAAUCACACACAGUGUUCUCUACAUACAUCACUACUUCCAGGCCAGUCAGUGGAAACCUCUGCGGGGCCUGUUACCCUCCCCACUCCUCUUGCUGGCACUCACUGUUAGCGCUGGUGUCACAGCUCUAUCAGAGGUACAAGAAAGUCAUGACUCUGUAUUCUCCCCUUAUGUUCCAUCACUAAAUGUUAACCGUUAUUUUAAACUGUUUUAAACUCUGAUGUGGACUCAGCUUUGUACAAACCCACUAACUUCUGCUUCUGUCCUCUGGGUUUAGGGUUUGUUCUGCUGUGACGGCGGCUGGCUACUGAAGCUGGUCCACAUCAGUGUAGGAGCUGCAUGUCUCCUUGUAGUGUUCGUCACGUGCCUUCUCACAGAGACUCAGCUUGUUCAGUUUGUAAGGACUCAGCUCUUGCCCCGAUACAGAAAAAAACACACAUGAACACUUUAAGUGUGUUUACUGGAAUGGAAGAAGCUCUGUUUCACGACCAACAGGAAAUACUGACCAACAGUUACUGACUGUACCUAAGCACGGAGAGACAAACUUUUUAUCAAGACCUCUCAUUCAUGAUUGUGCACAGUGUGUGUGUGUGUGUGUGUGUGUGUGUGUGUGUGUGUGUGUGUGUGUGUGUGGGUGGGCAGGUGAGUGGGUGGGGGUUCAUUUGAAUUAUUAAAAUGAACGCAUUUUAAGAAGCAGAGAAAAAAGUUUUGUUACACAAUAAAACAAAAUGGACAUUCAUAUUUGUGGUUUUGGUUUAUGACUGUGAGUGAGGCGGCAAAGGAUCUGUCAUGUUGUCAGUCAACUCUCCUACUCCUCUCUCUCUCUUUCUCUCUCUCUUUCUCUCGCUCCCCCCUUAUCUCUCUGUAUUCCUCCCCAAACCAGCAGCAGCCUGGUGGCUGUCUAGCAAGAGUCUGGUCCUACCCAAGGUUUCUGCCCAUUAAAAGGAACUUUUUCCUUGCCACUGUCACUCAUGUUAAAUGAGAUGGGCCAAAUCUGUCCCAUCUUAGGUUGGGUCUGGAUAAUUCAUCAAACAGUGAGCGUGGUCUAGACGUGCUCUUUUUCUUUGGAAAGUGUCUUGGGAUGACAACUGUUGUGAAUUGGCGCUAUAUAACAGUUUUGUGACAGUUUUGUUACACUUCAGUAGAUAUAACAAAAAAAAAAGAAAGAAGUAGGGUAGGUUGUAAAACAUGCUGGGGUUAGUAGUAACAAAUAACCAAAACAUAUCAAAACAGAAAGCACAUUGUGUGAUUUUCUUCUAAAAGAGGUCUAAUACAGUAAAAAAAACACCAUAUAAUGAUGCUGCGCUCUCUGUGAGUGACUAAACCCUGAAUCUACUUUUUGUUUUACUUAGAAGUGUGUGUAAAUGUGUUAACAAGUCUACAUGAACCAACUAUAUUUGCAUACUGAGUACAGUAUGGAUAUAUUCAAACAACUACAUGGCUGUAUGAAUAACAAAAAUCUGAUUGUGAUAUUGAAUGUCAGAUCAGGCAUGUAAUUGAAGUCGUGUGACCCAGAGAGGUUGUGCAAUUGUAUGUUGUUAAAUGGCAUUAUAACACCAAAUUAGGCAGUGUGCAACACAUAGGGCUCUAUUUUCGUGCCUCGCCGGAGACGUGCCGCUGGCGCAACGUAAGUCAGGUCUGCCGCGCCGACAAGGCGUUCCCAAGCACAAUU